CGAUCUUUGCAAGCGUCACCAAGGGAUGGCACCCCGGACGAACUUUGAAGGCUACGAGUCGCCCGAUGAAGACGCUGAUCUCGCAUCUUCGGUGCCGAGCUGCCUCAAGACGACACGAGCCAAGGUCGUUUUGGGUGUCAUUAUCAUUGGCGUCGUCGGACUCAUUCUCGGCCUCGUACUCGGCCAAGGCGCAACAGCGGCGCCAGCCAAGCAGCAGGAGGUAGCGGCUCCAGUUGUUAGCCCCACGAUAUUCGUGACAACCACACCGCCGACGCCACCCGCGACCACGCAAACACCUACGCCAGUUAGCCCUCUGCGCGUCACGACGAAACCACCAGCAACAACACUACCACUGACGCCAAAACCAACGCCGGCACCGACGCCGACGCCGACACCCGUCUUGUAUGGCAAGAUCAACGACGGCACGCCCGGCACGGCCGGCCAAGUCACCAACAUGGCCUCGUUCCCGCCCCUCGGCUGCAAGCUACCCAACUACCUCAGCGAGAACGGCGGCCUCUUUGCCCAGGCGCCCAACGGCACCAAAGUGCCCGUCGCCAUCAAAGGCAUCAACUGGUUUGGCAUGGAGACGGAGCUCCGCAUCCCGUUCGGUCUCUGGGCCAACCCGGACAACGGCACGUCCCUCUUUGAGGUUGUGGCGUUCCUCGCCCGGCACAACUUCAACAGCAUCCGCCUCCCGCUGACCGUCGACGCGCUCGUCAAGAACACGCCACCCAACGCCAACGUCGUCAACGAGUACGAGAGCCCGGGUUUGAACCUCACGAGCUACGUGAGCGCGGUCCAGAGCAUCGUGCGCGCGUGCGGCGCUCUCGGCAUCUCGGUGCUCCUCGACAUCCACUACCUCUCGGUCACCGACAAGGGCGACGCGUGGUUCAGCGACGUUACGCCCGAGAGUGUGACGCUGCAAGCCAUGGACGUGCUCACGACCAACCUCUGCGAAGACGCGUACUGGAACGUCGUUGGCGUCGACCUCAAGAACGAGCCGUGGCAGACCACGUGGGGCGACGACGGACCCAAGGACUUUCGCCGCGGCGCGACGCUUCUCGCGCAGCGCAUGUUGGCCAAGUGUCCCAACUGGCUCGCGUUCGUCGAGGGCAACGCCGAGACGCACUCGAUCACGAUCAACGGCACUCGCUUUGACUACUACGACUGGUGGGGCGGCGGUCUCCAGGCGGCGGGCACCUCCCCGAUCACGACGCUGCCCACCAAGCUCGUGUACGCCCCGCACUACUACAACCCGUCCGUGUACCCGCAAUCGUUUCUGGUCUCGAGCGCGGCGCCGCGCAAGGCGGGCGAGACGGUCUUGCGCAACUACACCGAGUGGGGCGACGCCGAGCUGCGCCAGGUGGUGUCCGCGACCGCCCAAGACAUGUUUGGGUACUUGCGGGCGCAAGGCCACGCGAUCGUCUUUGGCGAGUUUGGCGGCCUCUUCGCCCUCGACGCGCACCCGCACAAGACAUCCCAGCGCGUCGUCAAUCUGUGCAUGCAGAUCAUGAUGGAGCAAGGCUACAGCGGCGGGUACAUGUGGGCGCUCAACCCCGAGAGCGGGUACGGCUUCAACCCCUCCGACACUGCCGGCUACUGGACGGAAGGUCUGCUGCAGCCCAAUUGGCGCGACGUCAACACCGUGUACCUCGACGCGCUGCGUGCGCUCGAUCGGCUGCCGCACCUCCGUCGCUUUCCGUGCUUUACGUAAUCGAUAUCUUUUGCAAACAGAA